UUCUUCUCUCUAUCUCUCUCUCUCUCUCUCUCUCAUUCAGUCGUUCGCUGAAAAUCGAACCUGAACCAAAAUGGCCCUUGAACUGUGGGAGACACUGAAGGAGGCGAUCCUGGUCUACACGGGGCUCUCUCCGGCGACCUUCUUUACGGUUAUUGCUCUGUUCCUCGCCGUGUACUACGUGAUAUCGGGGUUGUUUGGGUCAUCGGAUCAGUAUCAGAGGCCCAGGGAAUUCCAGGAAGAGUCGCAGCCUCUGCCGCCUCCGGUGCAGGUCGGGGAGGUCACUGAGGAGGAGCUCAAGCAGUACGAUGGAUCUGAUCCUAAAAAGCCUCUGCUCAUGGCUAUCAAGGGCCAGAUCUAUGACGUGUCGCAGAGCAGGGUAUUUUAUGGACCGGGUGGACCCUAUGCACUGUUUGCUGGAAAGGAUGCUAGCAGAGCUCUUGCAAAGAUGUCUUUUGAAGAGAAAGACCUGACUGGGGAUACAUCUGGUCUUGGUCCAUUCGAACUCGAGGCUUUGCAGGAUUGGGAAUACAAGUUUAUGAGCAAGUAUGUUAAGGUUGGAACUGUGAAGAAGCCUGGUGAACCAGCAGAAUCUACAGACCAUGAUGUUGCUAAACCUGCUGAAGAUGGUCCAGCAGAAUCUACAGACCAUGAUGUUGCUAAACCUGCUGAAGAUGGUCCAUCAGAAAGCGCAGCAAUUAUAACUGAGGAAACUCCUGGCGCUGAUGCUGCAAAAGAGUAAUGGUUGGGUAUAUAUAUAUCUCAAGCGUGAAAACUUUGCAAAUCAUUCCUAAUGGAGAAGCAGAAGAAGAGUAAUAUUGGGUGCAUGUCUGUAUUUCAUGGAUCAUACACGUAAUUUGUAGGAAAACUCUCUUAUUAUAAGCACACUUGUUUCAAGUUUAGUUUGUUAAAUAAGGAGUUGGCGAUGGUAAGCCUCGGGGAUUCAGAGCCGCAACUUGUAUCUCCUUCGGUGUAUUUUAUUUGAUCGAGGAUUGUGGCAUAGAUCAAUUACAUGUAUGGAGUUGUCUUCUGCUUCUUUAUAUGCAGUUAUAAUUGAGACUUUUGUUCCCUUUA